AUGGAGGCCAUCCAAAAGGAGCACGACAAAGUGUGGAACAGUUGCAAGCAGUCAAAGACGACUCGCCAUGUCGACGACAUCAUCGUCGCCCUUCAAAAGGCGCGGGACGCCAUUGCCGAAGACCCUACCUCGAGACAAGUCACGCUCGCGAAGCUGCAGAACCCAGUGAAGACGAUGUUUGAUGGUAUCUUUUCAGGCUUGAGGGAUACACAUGGACUGCACAACAAGUAUACUAGAGCUCUGGAUAAGGUGUUUAAAGACAAAGUGCCGAGCAACGAGAUUGACACCCUCUCCUCACACCCGACCUUGAUCAACCGAGCAAUAUAUCUGCACUUGCUUCGAGAAGGGCUGUUUGACGUUGCAUCGACUUUCCACUCGGAAGCUGUUGAGAAACAGCAGAGCCAACAAGAGACAGCUACCAAUUUGGAUUUGGACGUUCCUAUGGAACACCCUUUGGGACUCGACAAAAGCUCAGAGGCCAACAUGCAAGAGCAAUUUUCCAACAUGUAUCAUAUCUUGAGCGAGCUGAAGGAUAACCACAACCUGCAGCCUGCCAUUGACUGGGCUCGGAAGAAUGCAGCCGCAUUGGAAGCUCGCGGCAGCAACCUGGAGUUUGAACUCUGCAGGUUACAUUUUGUCAGUCUCUUCCUAGACCGCCGGGACGAAGAUCAAUCUGACUUUGACGCACCGAUGCGCGCGCUCCAAUAUGCGCAAAGUGAAUUCCAGUCAUUUCGUGGUCGGUACUUGGUUGAGAUACAACAACUGAUGGGCGCUAUUCCAUUCUCCUCUAACCUUAGCGAGUCGCCGUACAAUACACGAUUCAACCACUCCACCGCAUGGGAGGAAGUUGCCAGCUCUUUUAUACGCGAGUUUUGCUCCUUGCUCGAAUUGUCCGCAGACUCGCCUCUAUAUGUCGCUGCAACUGCGGGUGCGAUCGCUUUACCUACACUUCUCAAACUUCAAACGAUUCAGAAACAGAAGCGUACAGAAUGGACUUCACAGAACGAGUUGCCGGUAGAGACGCCGCUCCCUCCUUCCUAUCGAUUCCACUCGAUUUUCGUCUGCCCUGUUUCGAAAGAACAGACUACCGACCAGAACCCGCCGAUGAUGCUACCGUGUUGCCACGUCAUUGCACAGGAAUCUCUGCAAAGGCUCAGCAAAGGCGCCAAAUUCAAGUGUCCGUACUGCCCAAUAGAGAGUCACCCGAGAGAGGCAAAAAGAGUAUUUAUAUGA